CCGGUCACACUGCUCUACACGUGCAAUUGUUGAAGAAGUCCACGAAAAGCGGCUUAAAUCGCUUUAAUUGAACGAAAUUCCCCUCCGUUAACAGUGCCGCAGCACUGAGGAUCCCCAAAGAGCAGGACUAACCCACGGAGAGCCAUGAAUUUUGACGACGAGGACCGAUUGGAGCUGCAGUAUCUGGCAGGCGGCAACAUCGUGGAACAUGCGCCUCUGUUUUCGCCUGAUGGAAGAUUCAUGUUCGUGCGAUGCCUGACAAAGGUGCAGGUGUAUGCCACCAGUACUGGUGAACUCACAAGGGUUCUCGAUGAUGCCAAGGCUCCCUUGAUCAGUUUGGAGGUGGACCUGAAGCAGACGGAUCUACUGCUGGGCUGCACGAGUACUGGCGAGGUCUUGCGAUGGAACUGGCGAGCGGGUGUGCUUAAGAAGACUGUAUCUCUGAAGCUGGGUGUGCCGGAAGCCAAUGUCCUCACCUGCCACCUGAUAAAUCUGUACAAAGGUGGUGACACAGCCUGUGCCUUUGUCACGACGAAGAGAAAGAGUGGCGAACAGGUGAACUGGUUUGUGGUCAAUACGAGUACGGGCGAAAAGAUUAAUUUGAAUUGCGGCCUAAAGCUGAAAGUUCGCACACCCCUCGUGGACGUGGGAAAGGGUCAUUACAAGUAUAUAAUCAUAGCCCAAGGCUUCUACAUCUACUUCUUGAACUAUGUGACCUGGAAGUUCUGCCGUUUCAAGAGCCCCAAACAGCACUUGAUCACCUGUGUUCGGAUGAGUCCCUGCGAAAUGGUGGCUGCUACUGCCGACGCCGAGGGUCAAAUCUUUGUCUGGCGGGAUUUCGAGAGCCGUGAGACUAUGACCAACACCCUGUUCCAUUGGCAUCAUGACGAGGUGACCAGCUUGGCCUUCUCGCCCUCGGGCGUUAGCAUCUACAGCGGUGGCCAUGAACGGGUACUGGUCAAGUGGUCGGUGGUAAUGCCCGAGGAACGCAAGUAUUUGCCCGGACUGGCCAGUGUGAUCAGGCAUAUAGUAGUGAGCAAUGACAAUGAGAAUGUGCUUGUGUGCACCGAGGAUAAUGCCAUACAACUGCUGAGUGGCAGCAAUAAUGCGAUCAAGUCAACCGUCCAGCAUUUUACAUAUGAGGUCAAGGACAAGACUGGCAUGAGCAAGUUCCCCUUGGGCUUGUGUUUGAAUCCCAGGACCAAUACGCUGGUGCUAAAUGGCAGAUCAGGACACUUGCAAUUCUACUCAGCAUACACCAAGAAUAUGCUUUAUAAUCUACGCGUGGUGGACACCAAUGUACAUAGUGAGGAGGCAAAUCAAAUCAUCUACAAUACGCGAAUAACCCGAGUGGCCUUUAACAUCAAUUGGAUGGCCACCGGUGAGGUUUACAACGAUCUGGAGAACUUUGCCGAAGUAAGGCUCAAGUUCUGGCAAUUCAAUGAGAAGCUGCAAAGCUACAUCCUAAAUACCGACAUUGAUCUGCCGCACGAACAUGGCUUCAAGGCCAUCAGCUUCUCCAAUCAAUUCCAGGUGGACGACUUGCUUUGUGCCACCGCUGGUGAGGAUAAUGUGAUCAAAAUCUGGGGCAUUACCGACUCUGAGAACAUCUAUAAACGUGGCAAGAUGUGGAAUUGCGUGGCGCAGACAAGCUAUAGGAACCUCUCCAUUGGCUCGCUAUGCUUCUCGCAGGAUGGCUAUCUUGCCGUUGGCUAUGGCAACAUUUUGGCCCUAUACAAUUCCAGGGAUCCACGAGUGCCACAGCACACGCUCAGUUGUCCGCCCGGCUUGGAUGGUGUAAUAGCCAAGGCCCAGCUAAGGUUGGCACAGACACCUCUAAAUGGAGCUAAAAAAGAUAUCGUCCAACAGAGGCAGCAAUUGUGGGGACUCUUACAGAGUCUCAUCAAAAGCGACGAUAAAGCGGUGAUCGAGGAGGCCAAGGCCUUGAUAGUGGGGCAACCUUUCACGGGCAAGCUCCUUAACCAACCGGAAGAUGCCAAAAAGGAGUCUGUGUUUAAGUACAUCAUGAAAAUGCCUGAACUUGAUCUGCACCAGAAAUUGCAAUUGUUGCGUCGCUUUGGUAUUGAUUGCGCGGUGCCAUUGGCGCACAAAAAUCGCUUAAUGGAGCUGCUGCAACAGAAAACUGUCUUGCCAGAGGCUUCGCGGAUGAAGAUCCUUAAGCUGGACGCUAGAUUGCAUCGCCUGCACAUGCGACAUCGCUACAAAGCCAAGUAUCGAAUCGAUCUUUUGGCAAAAAGGCGACGGAACUAUGAGAAUUUUGUGCCGCAGGAUGUGGCUGCUUUGUUUAGCAUCCUCAAGCUGGACGAGAGCAGCAAGCCGAAGAAGAAAGAAAAGCCACAGACGGGGGAAAGUAACAAGACUAAAACGGCUAAAAGAAUUCCUGCAAUGGCGGCUCCAGUGCAGGGACUGGCACUGAUAUCACACGUGCAAUUCGGAGCCGGGGAUCAAGCUCACUUAGUGGCCGUUUGUACAGAAUCCAGGGUCCUGAUCUGGAACCUGCUGACCCUACGACUUCAGGCCGGUCUGAAGCUAUCCGUUCGCCAGCUGGCCUUUGAUCCGACCACCAAUCUAAUGGCUGUAAUCACAAAAAACGAUGAGUUGCAUGUCUUCCAACCGAAUGUUCCGCUGCCCCUGUAUCAGCGUAGUAACCUGCCCAAGACCUAUGGCUUGGCCUGGCUGCCCCGGAAACAGCCCAAGCUGAGCUCCAUCAAUGUGGAUUGGCAGGCGCAGUCGUCGCUGCUGAUGCUUACACAUUCACAGGAGAUUGCUUAUUUGGCGCCACCGGGUCAGAGUCCAUCGGAUGAUGCACCUGCUCCCAUUAGUUUCGCCAAUCAGCCCGCCGACAGUGAGAAUCUGCUAAGGCACGCGACAUUCGGUAUUCAUGUAACGAAGCCAAAGGUGACCGCGGAGACCCUGGAGAGCAAUGGUCCCCUGAUCAUUGGUCGUGGAGAACAUAGUGCUGUUAAUGCGUUUGUCAAUCUGUCCGCCCACACGAUGCCCGCCAUGAGCCUCAUUUGCAGUGAAUUUGUCAAGUCGCUGCUCAUCCCAUCAGAUAGUGCCUCAAGGCAUUCCUCGGCAACUGGACGAGGAGGAGGAGAUGCCGCCUUGACCAAUGGUGGUGCCAUCAAUGGCAAUGGCCUGUCACAUGCGGAUAGUGCUGAUGAAGAGGAUGUGGAUGUUGAUGUUGAAGCCAUAGAGGAUAGUGAGGCGACCAGGAAAACGCUGCUGGAACAGAAUGAAAAGCUGGAGGAAAAGCCAACGGGAGAAGAUGCUGACGAGCAGGCUUUGGACAAUAGAUUGAAGUCUGUGGCAGCACAAAGCACCAAGCUAAGGUUAUAAAUGUAAACAAAUCUAUUUAGUUGUUUUUAAUAA